CAGAGAAGGGUGAAUGCGUUUUUAAGAGAAAAUUUGGAGGAUCCCCAGGAUCCCACCCCUGGUGAGACACCCCUCAAUGAAUGCCUAAGUCUGCCUGUCUCCUCUCCUGAGAACCAUCUUCUCUGAGCCAUGAGGCCCCCUUGGCACCCAGCAGGACUCCUGAGCAGCUAACAGCAGGUGGUAACUCUGUAAGAAGAUUUGGGGUAACACUGAAACUUCUCAAGUUCCAUGGGACCCCCUAGAAGCCCCAGCAUUUCAAAGCAGCCCUGAGGAGAUGGCGCCCUGCUCCUGCCCCAGCUCUGUGCUCUGCCUCCUCCCCUCCCUGCUGCUCUUCCUCCAGCUGCCCCCAGGGGGGUCCCCAGAGAGGUUCCAUGUAUUUGGCCCCCCAGACCCUAUUGUGGCAGAGCUGGGCAAGGACGCCACACUGCCCUGCUCCCUGGAUCCAGCCAUGAGUGCAGAGAACAUGGAGUUGAGGUGGUUCCGGUCCAAUGACUGGGAGUUAGUCUUCACCUAUCAAGACGGACAGGAACGACAUGAAGAGCUGAUGCCCCAGUAUGCAGGGCGGACCUCACUAGUAGGGAAAUUCCUCAGCAAGGGGGAGGCUGCUGUGCAUAUCCGCAAGGUCCAGGUGUCUGACAAUGGGCUGUACACCUGCAGCUUCAUCAACGGAGUCUUCAGUGACCAAGCCAACUUGGAGCUGCAGGUGGCAGGUGUGGGCUCUGCCCCUCAAGUGCACAUCACGGGGCCAGAAGGGGAUGGUGUGCGUGUGGUGUGCGAGGCCUCAGGCUGGUUCCCAGAGCCCCAGGUGAAGUGGAGACACCCCCGUGGGGAGCAGUUCCUGGAGUUCUCCAAGGUCCAGGCCCAGGACAAUGAGGGGCUUUUCCGCGUGGAGGCUGCUCUGGUGGUGAGAGACAGUUCUGUGGGGAGCGUGACCUGCUCCAUCCUCAACCCCAUCCUGCACCAGGAGAAGGCUAUGGCCAUUAUCAUCCCAGAGCCCUUCUUCCCCCGGACCUCUCCCUGGAAGCCGGCUUUCCUGGUGAGCCUGCCCUUGCUGCUGCUCCUGCUCCUGGGGGCUGCCUGCUACACCCAGAGAGAACAUUCCACACAGAUGCGGGAGCUGCAGGAACAGGGGGAUCUGGGCCAGGCUAAGGAGGAGGACAGACAGACCAAGGAGGAGGCCCUGAAGGGCACAGGUGAACUCCAGGCAAUUCUAGACCAGAGGAAGGCAGCUUACCUGGCUGGUGAGUGAUGCUCCAGGGGUCCUGGGUC